CCCCCUGCGCCCCCGCUGCCCGCCGCCUGGGCCGGGCCGAGGAUGCGGCGCAGCGCCUUGGCGGCCAGACUCGCUCCGCUCCAGCCGGAGUGCUAACUUCCCGAGCUCGGUCCCUGUCCGCCAGAGGGACCGCCCCGUCUUCCCGCGCCCUCCGGGUCGGAUCCUUCAGGCGUGCCAGGCGCUGCCGCCUUGUCCCCUGCUGCCCGCCCGCGCGCCCGCGCCUGUGCCCCCUGGCCGCGCCCCGUCCUCGUCCGGUCAUGCUGCCCCUCUGCCUCGUGGCCGCGCUGCUGCUGGCCGCCGGGCCCGGGCCGAGCCUGGGCGACGAAGCCAUCCACUGCCCUCCCUGCUCCGAGGAGAAGCUGGCGCGCUGCCGCCCCCCCGUGGGCUGCGAGGAGCUGGUGCGCGAGCCUGGCUGCGGCUGUUGUGCCACUUGCGCCCUGGGCAAGGGGAUGCCCUGCGGAGUGUACACCCCCCGCUGCGGCUCAGGCCUGCGCUGCUACCCGCCCCGGGGAGUGGAGAAGCCCCUGCACACACUGAUGCACGGGCAAGGCGUGUGCAUGGAGCUAGCAGAGAUCGAGGCUAUCCAGGAAAGCCUGCAGCCCUCUGACAAGGAUGAGGGUGACCACCCCAACAACAGCUUCAGUCCCUGCAGUGCCCAUGACCGCAGGUGCCUGCAGAAGCACUUUGCCAAAAUUCGAGACCGGAGCACCAGUGGGGGCAAGAUGAAGGUCGGGGUGCCCCGGGAAGAAGCCCGGCCUGUGCCCCAAGGCUCCUGCCAGAGUGAGUUGCAUCGGGCCCUGGAGCGGCUGGCCGCCUCACAGGGCCGCACCCACGAGGACCUCUAUAUCAUCCCCAUCCCCAACUGCGACCGCAAUGGCAACUUCCAUCCCAAGCAGUGCCAUCCGGCCCUGGACGGGCAGCGUGGCAAGUGCUGGUGUGUGGACCGGAAGACCGGAGUGAAGCUUCCGGGGGGCCUGGAGCCAAAGGGGGAGCUGGACUGCCACCAGUUGGCUGACAGCUUCCGCAAGUGAACCCUGCGAGCAGGCAGGGGGCUCAGUGCCCCCUGCUAUCCCCAUCCCCUGGAGGCUGUAGAGCUGACCUGGAGCCUGGGUCUAAGUCCUGUCUCUGCCUCUGGCCCAGAAGUUCCCUCUGUGUGUGUGUGUGUGUGUGUGUUAAUGAGCAUGGGUAUGCCCUUGGGGUUAGCUGAAGCCUAGAGGUGUUCCCUUUGGCCUUAGAUAGCCUGAGAGGGCUGAGAGUGGCAAUGGGGAGCACUGGUGUGUUUCUAAAUUGAUCUGGGAUUCAUUCAUUCAUUCAUCCAUCCUUUCAUUCAUUCAUUCAUUCAUUCAGCCAUUCAGCCAUUUAGCCAUCUAAAAACAUUUACUGACAACAUACUACAUGCCAGUUCUAGUUUUCAGCCCUGGGGGCUCUUAUACUGACUAUCUCUGAUUUGGGCACAUGGGGCCACCUUCUGUAAGGUGAGCACAAGCCUGUGUGAGAAGAGAAGUCCCAUUCCCAGAAUCAGUGGAGGAACACAGACAUAUAUCUUGACCAUUGUCCCUUGUACCAUUGUCCCUCCUCAAUCUAGUCAGAGGGUGGAGGCCUUAGGGAAGGUGUGCAGUGGCAGGUGGCUCAAUGCACAGGAGACCCAGACAUGCUCUCAAAGCUUAGGCUGCUGGGCUCCCUUUCUCUUCUUCCUCAGGUCCCUCUGAGGAGAAGGACCUACAGAGACAAGCCCACCUUUGGUUUGGGUGUUGUGCCAUCUGCUUGGUUUACUGGCAACCGAGACCCUGCUACAGAGGAGGGAAGAGGGUCACAAGAAGGCCUGCAGGACAGAGGGCUGGGGAGCUGGGGCCCAUCUCUGAGCAGUCAGGGUGGGAAGAAAGAAUGCACCAUUGGACUGCGUGUGCCUGAUGGAGAAGAGGACCCACGUGCUGGGAGGAUGAGGGGCGUGCUGGGGGUCAUGUGUCCUCCCGCAUUUGUGGUCACAGCUGUGAAGUCACCAGGAUGACUCUGCCUUCUGGUGACUCCCUGCAUGUGGCUCUGCCUCCUUCCCCACACCUCCUACUCUUCGGGCAUUUCUGGCACGACUGGAUGGAAGGAGACUUAGGGACCUACCAGUUGGCCAUGAUGUCAUGUCUUUUUUUUUUUUUA